GCAGCUAUGACACAUGGCGGGAACUAUCCAAAAAAGCAGACGAUCAGAUUAAAUUCAACGUGAUUUUCAGUUUGUUUGGGUGAUUUAUCCAAGUUUCCCAAAUUUAGAAGCAAUGGGGAAAAAAGCAAGAAAACGGAAACUGAAUAAUUCUGGGGAUACUCCAAACAGAGACCAAAGUUACAAAAAGGCAUGCUGUCCAGAAAGUGCCAAGGACACAAUGAGUGGCGUAGCUUUGGUCACAACACAGUGUAACAAAAAUAAAGAUUUAUUGCAAGUAAGUCUUGAGAAAUUUGAAGGGAACAACAAUUCUAUAGAUGAGCACAUUGACAAGUCAACAGAGGAAGUUGGCCUCAUUGCAGAUGUUGAUAAAACAUCUGCUCAUCGUAAUGACAUGGUGGGGAAUAAGGAUGGUGAAAUGAAAUGCAAGGAAGAAAACAAGUGCAUUGUUGAGCCUUUAAAAGAGCAUGCCUUUAGUUCAAUUCAUGAAACAGAACAUAUUGACUGUUUUGAGGGAGUUAUUUGCCAAAAAAUAACCACUGUUGAGGACGAAGUAAGCUUGGAAGGCGAACAUGCUAUAGGACUGAACGGAAAUGCUAUUUCCAGUGAUGAAAAAGAAAAUAACAACAUGAAGAUAUAUGUGGAGGCUUUAAAAAAUCAAAGAAGCAUAAGCUUAAGAAAUGAAGAUUAUGCACUAGAAGUGAUGGAUGAACAGAUUGAUAACAGUACAAGACUGGUAGACACAGAGAUUUUUGAACUUGAUACUCUUGAAGUGGAUCAGUGUGUUGGUACGGGUGAUAACAAUGAUACAUAUGAAGUUAUUUUAAAUGAUGAAAGUGUUCAGGGUGAUGUUGGGGAUGAUGUUCAGUGUGUAAGAUCAACAAAGCCUGGUAAAUCAAUCACUUGUGACGGGUCGGCAAGGUGUGAAUCUGUUGUUGUCCCUGAGCUAAGUGAAGCAGAACACUGUCAACAUGUUGGUCCAUCUGGCCAGUCAGAAGUUUCUGUUAGCAAUUAUGAAGUGGCUGAUGUGAAUGAUAAAGUUGUUGAUGAAGCCUCUGUUGAAAUUAUGAUUGAACACGUGGAUGAAGUUGAUAUCACUGACGUGGGUGAAGUUGUUGUUACUGAUGCACCCUCUCCUUAUUCCGAAUAUUGUUCAUCUGACAAACAUGAUGUUGGUAAACCCAAUGACAUGGAAGGGAAUUCUGUUCUUCACACUUCACAUAGCAGCAAUGUUACCAUAUCUACUGUGUCAAAACCUGCGUCAUUAGAUGAUAGCCUACCCGAAAUAUUGACAGCAGAACUACAAGAUGAUCUUGAGAUCAAGGGCAAUCAAGACCCAAAUAUUGAUGGACACAAAAAUGAACAAUUGGAUACAAGGAUUUCAGAGUGUAGUGUGGUGUUCUGUGUUGAGGGAGGUAUGAGCAGCUCCCAACUGGUAGACAUUGACUGGAAUUCACAGUUUCCUUCAGAAAGCCAUCUAGAACAGACCAGUGAUUUACUGCAAACUGACCUCAACAGUGUUCUACUGGUAAAUGAGGAAAUCGAACAAAAGCAAAAAAUUCCUGACAAAGAAGCAACUGAAUUAGGGGAAGCAAUUCUUAAGAGAGGCAUUCCUGUGUCAAGGGGACAAACUCUAAUCAAAGAAACAUCUAUAUCAAGGGAGGCGACAUUGGUUAAAGUAAUUCUUGUUUCAGGGGAGACUACUUGCAAAAAAGGAGAUAUUUCAGGGGAAACAACUCUAGAGAAAGAAAUGCCAAUGUCAGCACCAGCAACUCUUGCAAAUGGAGCAUCUGUGCCAAGGAAGAAAAUAGGUGAAAAAGGAGCAGCAGACUUUGGGGAGGAGACUAAGACCAAAGAAUCCUGUAUUAAUCAUAGGGUGGAGGGAUCAGCUUGCCAGCAUGAAGAUGGUUCAGCAAUUGUUAGGGGCCUUAUACACGAGCUGUCUCAAAUGAACAAACUACUUCUGCGGACAAAGAGGGACAUGGAGACUUCACGCAGGAAUUUCCAGAAAUGACAAGUCUGAUGACCGCCCAUGUCACCUUCCUUUCGAGCAACCAUUGGACCUCCAAUUCGACCUUACAUAGUCUUUCCCCUGUGACAACCCAUAUGACCUCUCAUGCAACCACUCACAUGACCUCCCAUAUAAUUUUAAAUGUGACCACUCAUAAGACCACCUAUAUGACCCUUCAUAUGACCUCCUAUGUGACCUCCCACAUGACCUCCCAUAUAACAUCAAAUUUGACCACUUUUAUGACCAACUAUAUGACCCUUCAUAUGACCUCCCAUAUGACUUCAAAUGUGACAACUAAUAUGACCACCUAUAUGACCCUUCAUAUGACCUCCUGUGUGACCGCCAACAUGACCUCCCAUAUAACUUUAAAUGUGACCACCUAUAUGACCCUUCAUAUGACCUCCUAUGUGACCUCCCAUAUGACCUCCCAUAUAACUUUAAAUGUGACCACCUAUAUGACCCUUCAUAUGACCUCAUGCGAUCACCCACAUGACCUCCCAUAUAACUUUAAAUGUGACCACGCAUAUGACUACCUAAAUGACCCUUCAUAUGACCUCCUAUGUGACCCCCCACAUGACCUCCCAUAUAACUUUAAAUGUAACCACUCAUAAGACCACCUAUAUGACCCUUCAUAUUAACUCCUAUGUGACCUCCCACAUGGCCUCCCAUAUAACUUCAAAUGUGACCACUCAUAUGAGAAACUAUAUGAACCUUCAUAUGACCUCUCAUGCGAUCACCCACAUGACCUCCCAUAUAACUUCAAAUUUGACCACCCAUAUGACUACCUAAUUGACCCUUCAUAUGACCUCCUAUGUGACCCCCCACAUGACCUCCCAUAUAACUUUAAAUGUGACCACUCAUAUGACCACCUAUAUGACCCUUAAUAUGACCUCCUAUGUGACGCCCACAUGACCUCCCAAAUGACUUUAAAUGUGACCACUCAUAUGACCACCUGUAUGACCCUUCAUAUGACCAGUCCCCUCCUGUGUGACUGCCAACAUGAACUCCCAUUAUACUUCAAAUGUGACCACUUAUAUGAGCACCUUUAUGACCCUUCAUAUGACCUCCUGUGUGACUGCUCACAUGACCUCCCAUAUAACUUCAAAUUUGACAACUCAUAUGACUACCUAUAUGAACCUUCAUAUGACCUCCAUGUUACCUCCCAUAUGACUUUAAAUGUGACCACUCAUAGGACCACCUAUAUGACCACUCAAAUGAACACCUGCAUGACCCUUCAUAUGACCUCCUUUGUGACCGCUCAUAUGACUUAAAAUCUGACCACUCAUAGGACCAACUAUAUGACCACUCAUAUGAACACCUGCAUGACCCUUCAUAUGACCUCCUGUGUGACCGCUCACAUGACCUCACUAUGACUUCAAAUCUGACCAGUCAUAUGACCACCUAUAUGACCCUUUAUAUGACCCCUUUGUGACCCCCACAUGACCUCCCAUAUGACCUAAAAUAUGAGCACCUAUAUGACCAAUUAUAUGACCUCCUUUGUGACCCCAUUUGACCUCUCAUAUGACUUCAAAUCUGACCGCUCAUAUGACUACUUAUAUGACCUUCAUAUGACCUCCUGUGUAACUGCCCACAUGACCUUCCAUAUAACUUCAAAUCUGACCACUCAUAUGAACACCUGUAAGGCCCUUCAUAUGACCUCCUAUGUUACCGCUCAUAUGACUUCAAAUCUGACCACUCAUAUGACCACUUAUAUGACCUUCAUAUGACCUCCUGUGUAACUGCCCACAUGACCUUCCAUAAAAUUUCAAAUCUGACCACGCAUAUGACCACCUAUAUGACCCUUCAUAUGACCUGUGUGACCUCCCACAUGAACUCCCAUAUUACUUCAAAUGUGACCAUUAAUAGGACCACUUAUAUGACCCUUCAAUUGAACUUUUGUGUGAUCACCCACAUGACCUCACUAUGGCUUCAAAUGUUAUCACUCAUGCAACCUCCCAUGUGACCACUUACAUGACCCUUCAUAUGACCUUAAAUGCGACCUCCCAUGUGACCGCAAAUAUAUAAACUUUUAUAUGACUCAUAUAAUCUAUCAUGAAACCUACCAUAUGGCCUUUCAUAUAACCUCCUUUGUGACCUCCCUUGUCUGUUACAUCCCAUAGUACAUUCCCAGUGACCGCCCAGUGACCUCCCAUAUGACCUCCCCUGAUACCUCUUAUAUAACCUUUUACGGUAGCCCUCUUAUGACCUUUCUAGUGACCUCCACUGUGACUUCCCAUAUGACCUCCUUUGUGCCUUCCCAUAUGAACUCCAAUGUUACCUCCUCUGUGACUUCCUAUAUAACAUCUUUUUAGGUUUCCCAUAUGACCUUCGCUUUUAUUUCCAAUAUGACCUCUGUGACUUUCCAUAUGACUGCCUGGGCGACUUCCCAUAUGACCUCCUCUGUGACUUCCCAUAUGAACUCCUCUGACUUCCCAUAUGACCUCCUCUGUGACUUUCCAUAUGACCUUGGUGACAUCUUGAGUGAGUUCCCAUAUGACCUCUGUGACUUCCCAUAUGAACUCCUCUGACUUCUCAUAUGACCUCUGUGACAUCUGUGACUUACCAUAUGACCUUCUAUGUGAACUGCUGUGUGACUUCCCAUAUGACCUCCUUUAUGACUUCCCAUGUGACAUCUGUGACUUCCCAUAUGACUUUCUCUGUGACUUCCCAUAUGACCACUGUGACUUCCCAUAUGACCUACUCAGUGACCUCCUGUGUGACUUCCCAUAUGACCUACUGUGUGACUUACCAUAUGACCUACUAUGUGACUUCCCAUAUGACCCUCUGUGACUUCCCAUAUGACCUCCUCUGUGACUUCCUAUAUGACCUCUGUGAUUCCUCAAAUGACCUCAUCUGUGACUCCUCAUAUGACCUCCUCUGUUACUUUCUCUGUGACUUUCCAUAUGACUUCUGUGACUUUCCAUAUAACCUUUGUGACUUUAUAUAUGACCUCCUUUGUGACUUCUAUGACUUCCCAUAUGACCUCCUUUGUGACCUCCCAUAUGACCUCCUUUGUGACUUCACAUAUGACCCCCUCUGUGACAUCCCACAUGACCUCUUCUGUGAUUUAUCAUAUGACCUCUGUGACUUCCCAUAUGACCUCUGUUACUUCCUCUGUGACUUCCCAUAUGACCUCUGUGACGUCCCAUAUGACCUCUGUGACAUUAUAUAUGACCUCCUCUGUGACUUCCCAAAUUACCUCCUUUGUGACUUCCCUAAUGACCUCUGUGACUUCCAAUAUGACGGCCAUUUUAACUCCCCUGUGACCUUAUAUAACCUAUCAUUUCACCACACAUAAGAUCGCUCACAUGACAUCUCAUAUGACCUCCCGUUUGACCUGCAAUAUGACUUCUUAUUUUGCCGCCCAUAUGACCUCUUUUGGAACUACCAAUAUGACUUAAUAUGUGACCAGAUAUAUUUCAUAACAUAUGACUUCCUAUAUGACCUUCCCUGUGACCUCUUAUAUAACCUUUGUUUGACCACCCAUAUGACGCCCAUUUGACCUCCCAUGCGACUCCAUAUUACCUUCAUUGGGACCUCCCCUGUGCCCUCCCAUAUGACUUACAGUGUGACCAUCCAUAUGAGCUCUCAUGUGCCCUCCGAAAUUACUUUAAUACCUCCCAUAUGACCUCUCAUGUGACAUCCCAUUUUACCUUUCAUGUCGACAGCUUUAUGACGACUACAUUCGUUGGUUCUCUUGUGUUAAAUUGAUAGAAAUAAAGAAUAAAUGUCUCAACGCUU